GGCUGAUUUUUAACCUUGACGCAAGAGAGACGCUCACGGUAACAAAGUUAGCCACGAAGUAACAGUCUACGGUGGCUUCAAAGGAAUUAACACUGGUGGAAGGAUUUUAAUUUUGAAAGCUGAAUCUAUCGUCUUCAUUACCAGAAGGGAAAAUAUGAAGUUUUUAACUGUUUUGCGUCUUUUCGUCUUUGCCAUCGUGGCUGUCACAUCAGUGAGCAGUGCGUCUAUAGAGCGGUUCGAGAGCGAGAGGCCUUCACAGACCGCUGUGAUUGAUCUUCUGGAGGCACUGAGUGAGAAGAGAUCUACUGUGGACAACAAGCAAGUGGACUAUGAGGGGGAAGAGGAGUAUUACUAUGAUGAUGAUGAAGAGGAGGAUGAGUUUUCAGGGGAUUACGCAGUGCCACUUGUUGCUUUUUCAAGCAAACCCAAAGACCCGAGUGCAGUGUUGAAUGCGGAGAAACUUGAGGGCUCGAAGAGGAAGGGGCUCGGAAGGAAGAAGGCCAAAGGAAAGGGUAAAGGCAAGAAAAGGAAUCCAUGUCUAAAAAAGUACAAGGACUUUUGCAUCCACGGAACCUGCCAGUAUUUCAGGAACUUAAAGGGCCCCUCAUGCAUAUGUGACAAGGGCUAUUCUGGAGAGCGAUGUCACCUUUUCAUCCUGGAAGUAAAGCAGAAUGAGGGAGCGUAUAACCCCACUACAGCGCUUGCUGUGGUGGCCGUGGUUCUCUCUUCAUUGUGUCUCACCAUCAUUGGACUUUUAAUUGCACUCAGGUUUCACAAGCAAGGUGCAUAUGAUGUGGAAAAUGAGGAGAAAGUGAAACUGGGGGCAGCCCCACACCACUAAAUGAGACGAGAGAGAGAACGGGCAACCGUGUGGAAAUUCUACCUCAAAAUGAAGUGGCAAAGUUGAAUGUUGUGCGGCGCAGCGGGCAGAGCGGGCUGGAGAGGAGGAUAGAGUGACAGCAUUUGUUUGGCAAGAGUCAUGGCGCCUCCGUGAAGGGCCUGACUCACGAAUGACUCGCUAAAUGGUUCAUAGGAGAGCUCAAAACCUGCCAUGAACUGGAACUCUGACAAACAGACUCGGUCAGGAAGAGAAACCGAGCUGUUCGAUGCAGAAUGAGAAGGAACUCUUCGGGGUUGGGAAUGUAGUUUGAGUUUUAGAGGCUAGGCUUUUUCUAGUCCUGAAGAAGCUUGGCCUGAAAUAAGUAUUCUUACAAAUAAGCAUUUUUGUUCAUGUCUUGUGCACUGUGUGUUUAAUCGUUGCUGGCUAUGCUUUAAUUUAUUUAUUUAUGUAUAUAUCUAUAUAAAACUAUUAAUAUUUAUUUGGAUUUAGACCAACUUUGUCCAGACCUAAUGCACUGGCAAUGUAUUUGAAAGUCUCUGUGUUGUAUGUUGAUGUAAUAUUUUAUUUAUUAAAAAAAAGCAGUAGUAA